GGAAAGAGGAGCUGUGUCUUUAAGAGGGAACGAGGAUCAGCUCGCCUCUCAUUGGCUGGUGGAAGCGCGGCCAGCGAGCCAAUAGGCUCGAAGACCGUACAAAGCAAUCUCGUCCCUGCCCCCACGCAGCUUCAUCUCACCAACACGUCGAAUGCACCGAGCUGCGGCGCAGACGGAAAGGAAUCGGCUCGGUUUGCUCGUUUGCUCGCUUGCUUUUUCCCACCUUGAAACGAAUUCAAUUUCGUCGCUCCGCUCCGAUGGCUUGAGGGGCCGCUCGUGGAAAUCUUCCCCGUUUGUAUGGACGUCAGAGUCGCCGUGGAGAGGAUGUCCGCGUUGUAACGGAGCUUGCGAGGAUGACAAAGACAAUAGGAUCCCGAGACUGGCGACGGCAGGCUCUUUUGUGGCAUUUUCUCUUGUGGACUACAGCGGCUGCGCAGACUCGUUACAGCAUCCCGGAGGAGCUCAAGCGAGGUUCGGCGGUGGGCAACGUGGCCAAAGAUCUGGCUCUGGGACUGUCUGAGAUAUUUGAGCGCAAGCUGCGUGUCGCCUCUGAGGCUGGGAAGCAGUAUUUCAGCGUGGAUGCGGGGAAGGGCGAGCUGCUGGUCAGCGACAGAAUAGACAGAGAGGCUUUAUGCGGACAAAGCGCCAGCUGCGUGCUCCCGCUGCAGGUCGUCGUCGAAAAUCCGCUGCACUUGCAUCGAAUCGAAGUCGACAUUCAGGACGUCAAUGACAAUGCUCCUCGUUUUCUCAAAAGUGAACAUGUCAUUGAAAUAGCCGAAUCCACCGUUGUAGGUGUCAAUUUUCCUCUGCAGAGUGCAGAGGAUCCUGAUGUCGGGACGAACACAGUCAAGACGUAUACACUCAGCAAAGACGAAUGUUUUACAUUAAAGGUUAAAGACGUUGACGAUGGAAGAAAAAUGCCAGAACUGGUGUUAAAUAAAUCAUUAGAUCGUGAGAAAAAAGCUGUUCAUAAUUUAAUUCUGACAGCUAUGGAUGGUGGCAACCCUGUUAAGUCGGGAACCUCAAAAAUUCGAAUCAAAGUUCUUGACGUUAAUGACAAUGUUCCAUCAUUUGAAAAUAAAUUAUAUAAAAUAGCCGUGCAAGAAAACAGCCCAAAUGGCUCUUUUGUCAUGACAAUGAAGGCGACAGACGUAGACGAUGGGCCAAAUGGCGAAAUCGAGUAUUCUCUCGGCAUACACGCACCGCCGUCCGUGCUGGCAUUGUUUCAUAUCGACCCCGUAAGUGGAGAUAUAUUAUUAAAAAAUAAUUUGGACCACGAACAGCAGUCCUCCUAUCGACUUGACAUUAGUGCCAAAGAUAAAGGAUUCCCAACAAUGGAAGGCCGAUGCAGCGUGCAAGUUGAUGUGUUAGAUGUAAACGAUAAUGCGCCAGAAAUUUUAUUAACUUCUAAACCUAGUUCGAUACCAGAGGACGCUACAGUUGGGACAGUUGUAGCUUUGCUGUCUGUACGUGACCCCGACUCUGGCAAAAACGGUGAAGUGACUCUGCAUCUUCCCAAAAAAUUACCUUUUCUUCUGAAACCGUCUUUUUCGAAUAAUUACGCGCUGGUCACCAGCGGCGCUUUAGACCGGGAGAGAGUGUCCGAGUACGAGAUCGAGGUCACGGCCACCGAUUCGGGCUCUCCUCCUCUCUCGAGUCGCAGAAGCGUCGCCGUCAGCGUCGGCGACGUCAACGACAACCCUCCCGUCUUCUCUCAGAGCUCUUAUAACGUUUAUUUGAAAGAGAACGACGUCGCGGGCGCCAUCCUGCUCUCGGUGUCGGCCGGCGACCCGGACGCCGGCCAGAACGCCAAAGUGUCCUACUCCCUGCUGGAGAGCAAAGCGGCCGAGGCGCCGGCGGCGUCGUCGUACGUUUACGUCAACUCGGAGAACGGCAGCAUCUACAGCAUGCGCUCGUUCGACUACGAGAAAGUCAAAGUGUUUGAGGUCGGGGUGGAGGCCAAGGACCGGGGCUCUCCGUCUCUCAGCGGCAACGCCACCGUCCACGUUUUCAUCCUGGACCAGAACGACAACGCCCCCGCCGUCAUCUACCCCUCCCCCCACGCCGCCUCCCACCUGAGGGCGCCCCGCUCGGCCAAGGCGGGCCACCUGCUCACCAAGGUGACGGCCGUGGACGCCGACUCGGGCCACAACGCCUGGAUCUCCUACAAAGUGGCGGAGGCCACGGACGCCUCUCUGUUCGCGCUCAGUUUGUACACGGGGGAGGUGAGGACCAAACGCGCCGUGUCCGAGCACGACGACUCCUCCCAGAGGCUGAUCGUGGCGGUCGAGGACGACGGGGAACCGGUCCGCUCGGCCACCGUCACGCUGUCCAUCCUGCUGGAGGACGCCGUGAGCGAGCCCGCCUCGGAGCCGCUCGGGCGCGACUCGCCGUCCGAGCCCCGCGAGAAAGGCGGCGGCGGCGGCAGAAUCACGCUUUACUUGAUCGUGUCUCUGGCCUCGGUGUCCGUGCUGUCUCUGCUCACGUUGCUCGCCUUGGCCGUCAAAUGCGCCAGGAGCGGCGCCGCUCGCUGCUCGGGCGUCGGACGCACGCGCUGCGAGCGGGACGGGAAGCCCGACGGAAAUCUGCACAUUCAGCUCAACGCCGACGGACCCAUCAAGUACGUGGAGGUUCUGGGAGGAGACGUCAUGUCUCAGAGUCACUCCUUCAGGUCCUGCAUGUCUCCCGUGUCAGAGUACAGCGAUUUCACGCUGCUCAAGCCCAGCAGCACCGCCGACUUCAAGGAGGUCAUCGGCGUGCUGGAUGCCUCUUUGCCGGACAGCGCCUGGACCUUCGAGAGCCAGCAGGUGAGCCGACGAUUCGCUUUGCCAACGACGACCGCUUGCGGCGCUCUGGCUGCCCGCCGUGCGCAUUUUCACAACGUUUCUCUCCCGCUGUUGGUGAGCCAGCCGUCCUUUCACUCCGCGCUCAUCCGCAGUCUUGAACCGUUAUGAUGACGUAGUUUUGCGAAACAUUUUCUUUCAUGGUAGAAACGUCAGUCUGAUGCCUUCUGUGCUCAAACUGAAUCCAUUCAGCACCACAACAGCGGACAGUGACUCUAAAAUCGCAGCAGCGAAUCGGGUUUGCGAUGUAAACUUGUUCCAUGAUAAACUUCAAUUAGUUUACCUUUUACUUAGUUACUUGCAUCCUAACAUUUCUAUUGACUGAUCUGCUCACAUGUGAGUUAAUGUUGUAAAGUGGUGAAAAUGUGUCGCAUAUCGAAACAUUCCAAUACGGGCAUUUUGUUUGUUUUUGGUGGAAAUGUGUAGGAUGCUACUGCACGCUGCUACCAGCACACGCAAACUAUUUUCCUGUGACAAAGACACAGAAAAUGAUGUUUUUUUUAAUCAUUAUUUUUAGUAUCAAAAGACAAGCUACAAUAUUUCAGUACAUGUGAAAACAGUAGCUAUUAAAAAAAGGUAUUUUUUACACAAUGGCUCCAAAAUGUUCUUGCAUUAUUACUGAAUGGAUGUGUGUUAACUUGUAAAACAAAACAAAACAAAAAAAAAAACUUUUUUUCAAUUCUGUAUGCAUUUGCCUUAUAGUCAAUAUAAAAUAUAUUUAUUUAUUUCUGUAUGUCAAAAAAUGGUAAAUUAACUCAUUUAGCCGGCUAAACAUAUUGGGAGAUUGGACACGCCUAUUUUGAGCUCCGUGCCGACUUCGACGCUAAGCUAGUAAGGUCAAAGCCGUCAGCGCGUUCACUGCACGUGUACGGCAAGAAAACCAAAAGACCACUGAUGCUUGCGCAUUGUGCUGCAUGCAGUUGCAUAAAAUGGCGUACCAUUAUGAUCAGAGAACUGGGAAUCCCUUUCACAUGGAAAAGUAUGUUUAUAUAGGUUAUUGUUUUGUGUUUUUAAAAUUGUUGUUUCUUGAUUGCAUACGCGUGUGUUGACCAAACAGCAACCCUCAUGAAACUUGAUUGAGAAAUAAGCACGUUACGAUUUAAUUUAAUUGCCUUGUAAGGGAACGUCAACCUCCCCAACAUGGCCGCCAUGUUGGCACGUCAGUUGGCCGGGCCGCUGCAUUGCACUGGCGUAUCCGUUCAUAACCAUUCCUAUCUACGGACAAACAGCUGAUGUAGCGACAGCAUUAGCUCAACUAGCAUCAGAUUCGGUAGAUGUUUUUAAAAACAGUCCAAACUCAAGUUACUCGAAACUUAUUUAAAAAAAAAAAAAAAAAAAAAAAGUAAAUACAUUUUGAAAAAGCCCACAGUAAUUCGUAACAGUACCUUGGUUGUUAAUCACGUUUUUCAUCCCUUUGGGCAUUUUCGAAUGGCGAUCUUCACAUUCACAGUUGUGUCAACUCAAAGGACCCCAUGAGGGUUCAAAGGUGUCCAACAUGGUUCCUGACUAAAUUAAAAACCAAAACAAAACUAAAUAAGGGGAGCUAAUAACAGUCAAAUUGAAAUUUAACCUCACCACAAUGUUUAAAAAGAACAGCGCUUUUUUGUUCGUUUCAUCGCAAUUCAGCACCUCGACUGAACAAGUCAAACGCACAAUGGAAAUCAACAGCAACCAUUGAAUUUGGCGUCGUUCUAUUCCAUGUCAAAUAGAUAGGGAUUACCGCAUACCUUGACUCUUAGUUGUUUAAUGUUUUCAUUUAUGCGAAGCAUACUUUUAAUUAGUUAAUGCAUAACCCGUGUGAAUCAAAUACAAAUAAAUGGUUAUGGUUACUUACAAAUAUAGUAAAUAAUAGUGGUCAAUAUCACCCCGACAUCAAUAUGAGUUGUUGACUGUAUGUCAUACUCCUCACAGAAACAAUUCAGCACCGUAGAAGUACAGUGCAGCGAUAUACGCAAUGACGCAACAACAGUGUUCGCAUUAUAAUAAGUCCUUGCCAUCAUACAUUUAGUGAUGCAUGUGAAGUUGAGACCGUUUCAUACUGAUUGUGUGUGUCCUUUGGUUUUAUGAAAAGGCUUUUAGAUAUUUUCUUUAUGUAAUCUACACUCUUAAAAACAGUUGGGUUAACCCAAGUUGGGUUAUUUUUAACUCAAUUGCUGGGUCAAAAAGGGACCGACCUCUACAUGGGUGAAUUUCACCCCCAGAAAUUGUGCGAUUCAUUUGACCAAGAUUUUGGGUGAAAUGAAUACCCCAACUUAUUGGAUAAAAUGAAUAACGCAACGAUUUGGUCAAAUUGGCCCAAGUAGAGGUCAGUCCCUUUUUGACCCAGUUGCCUUGGUCAAUUUGAACCAAAACGUUGGGCUAUUCGUUUGACCCAAUCUCUUGGGUCGAAGGUUGACAAGUGGCGGAAUGCUGUAAACUACCAAAGGUUGAGUUAUAUUGACAACAAUGUGUAGGGUUACUGCAAAAGAAAUAACAUUGAACGGAUACACUCAGAAAGAUUGGACCAUUGUCUACUUAAAAAAAAAUAAAGCAAUAAAGAGAUCCAAAUAGAAUAGAUUUGAAUGACUUCAACUUUGAUUACAAAAUGGCGUUUAGUGAAGCAUGCAAAGCUUUUUUUCAAGGGAUGGUCGGCAGCUGAGCUCGCUGCAGGCAUGUUCACGUCUUACAACGGAAGCCGGGUGUUCGACAGCUUGCUGAGAGAGAGAGAGAGAGAGAGAGAGA